AUGCAGGAGCUUUUUGAUUUGGGCGGCUCCCCGGUAGCGGUCAACCAGCUGGAGUAUCACCCCUGGGUGCCGGAAAUCCAUCGUACGACCGUUGACUGGUGUCACAGGAACGGCGUGGCUGUAACAGCCUAUGGCUCCAUGGGCAGCAACUCCUAUGCUCCACAGAUCAUCAGCCAGGCAGAUGGUGCUGAGGAGAAUGAUUUUUGA